UUUACAUAUGUUUAUAAACAGUGCGCAUUUUCUCAUACAAAAGACCAAAGAAAGUAGGAGAUUUCGUGAAUAAUGCCUUUUCUUGGUCGCGACUGGCGAUCGCCGGGCGACGAAUGGGUUCGGACAGCCAGUGGAUGGGAAAGACUCAAACUUUGGAGGCUUAAAGUCUUUGAAAAUCUCAACGAAAAUGUGAUAGCAAGGUUGAUCCGACUUGCCCUGGUGGACAUGAGCCAGAGAGACGUAAUGGAGAGGAGACAACCCUUCAUUCAGUACCACCGCGGGACGUCCAAGGAGCGGAAGGAACUGACCAGCAUCAGUGAUGCCUUCAUCCGUCUGGACAUGACCGGGGCUGUCAAGGAUAUCCGCAGAUUUAACUAUGUGUGUAAGGUGCUGCAUCUGAUCCUGGACUCGAAGCUGAGUGGCCUGAGUGGGACUGCCCAGAAACAAGUGAUCAGCAUCCUUGAGGCUACCUCCGAACAAGUAUUGAAGACUGAGUGCAGUCUGAGCACGCUCCGUGAACUUCUCAAGACAGCAGACCUGGCCCUCCAGCAGGGGAAGACGUCCCAUAUCGGCAGUGCAAGGCUGUGGAUGCUUCACCAGCAGAAGGUCACGAAGAUGAACUCAAAAGUGGAUGCCUACAAGAUGACAGAGAGAGAGAGUGACGGGAAGCUGACGAUGAUGGACCUACCAGAGGACUGUAUCCGGGGGAUCCUGAGCUGCCUGGCAGACCACAAGGACAUCCUGCAUUCCUCCCAAACCAACCACACUGUCUAUGAGCUGUCACAGGAAGCACAGCUCUGGAAGCAACUCUGCUUCUUCCAUUUCACAGACAAACAGCUUGUGACCUUUCUACCUGUGGCCAUCAACCAGCCUACCAUUGACUGGAAGUACAUCUACAGAAGAUGUUUCAAGCGAUUUGGGAAGAAAGACAGUUAUGCUGACAUGUUGGCCUUGUGUGGGAACUGCAGCAAUAUCUUCUGGCAGUCCCUGGGCCACCCAUGUUACAGCGAAGAGCCUCCAGCAUUUACACCUCUCACUCCUGAAGAGUUCCUCAAGCUUUUCUCCCUGUACAUAUGAACUGUCUCGUCAUGGGCCCGGUACCAUCAGCAUUAUGUGAUACAGGCUUUCGUUGUUUGUGACAGUGUCAACAUACAGGCUCGUGUCAUGGGUCCAGCAUCACCUCACACAACAUGGCUUAUAGCAACACCAUAUUGACAGUUUCUAUGUGAUCAGUGAUGUUAAGUACAGUCUACUGGGCAGGUAACGUGGCUUGGAUGGAUGGAUGGAUUCUGGGAAUCUGGUGCAUGAGGAAGGGAGUCCCUGUAACUCCAUCUGGUGAUCAGGCAGGGAAACACACGACCACAAAUACAAGCCCAGUUCAUGACUUGGCUGCACAUACGCCAUGUUUGUACUACAUCAUAUUUUAAUACUGCAGCCAGGUUGUGAGUUCUAUGUGUGCUGGUCACCUUGUGAUGUAAUGCUGCUGUAGGGAAUCUCAUGAUACUUGUCAGUAUUUUUCACAGAUGAGAUAUGAUAUGAGCCGUAUAUUCUCAAGUCCUUCAAAGCCAGUAACUUACCAACCUUUUGUCACAAGAAUUUACUUUCCACCAAAGACCAUUGUAUUAUCAACUUUAAUCUGUGACUGCACAGAUGAUCAGUUUAGUGAACCUCAUGGUGAGUAUUACAGCACAACAAGGACACUAUGACCUGGACACUACGACAUGGUGGCAUGUGCACAGGCCGACAUGGACACUACGACAUGGUGGCAUGUGCACGGGCUGACAUGGACACUACGACAUGGUGGCACGGGCCGACAUGGACACUACGACAUGGUGGCACGGGCCGACACAUGUAUACAGAAGACUGUGAUACCAGGAGCACCAACUCCACACACACACAUAUAUAUAUAGUUUGGGAUGAACUGAAAGUAGGUUCUUGCCCCCCAGUUGAGUUAUGCGUCAUUGCCGUAGUUACUAUUUUAUGAGUACUUCAAUCACUUUUGCUUAAUCCAAGUGCCAUGAUUCAUCUGAAUGUUGGCUCACAGAGGUCUAUCAACUGUGAUAUGUGCUAAGUCUGUUGUAAGAGAUCUGAAGCUAUAUGCUGUUAAACAAAGUAAUGAACGUUUGUCCAUGACAUCAUGGAUACUAUGCAAGUCAAUGCAAGACUGUAACUGUGUGGUGAAUGUGUUACAGUUUAACAAAGGAAGUUCCUUGUUGGAGGAAAGCAUGAAAGACUGUUUUAUAUAUCCUAUUUUGUGCUAUAUCCAUGUACAUAUAUUUGUAUGUAUUUUAUUCGGACUGUUUACUUGUGUUUUAUAUUGUAUUUUGUACCAUAUUUAUUUCCUACUAUUUUAUGAUUGAGUAUGUGUGGUUGUUCCUGUGUGAGAUAGGCCUCUGGUGAAGUUCUACACCAAAUUGUCUUUGUGACAAUCAAAGUUAAAAUAGCAGUCGAAUUUAAAGUGUCACUCCUGUAGGCCUCAGAUGUUGAUGCACCAAGACAUUAUACAAACACUAAAUAUGACAUGACAAACUUAUAACAGCCAUUGGAAUGGAUGGGGGCUCCUGUUGGCAGGACUUGGUUGUACAACCUUACAGUUUCUUGUCUCUCGUGCUGCAUUUACCACAUCAUAUUUGAUUUCCCCUGCGAGGGGAGAUCACCCACCUUUUGGCUUCCAUGUGGUGGAAGGGCAGAUCACCCACCUUUUGGCUUCCAUAUGGUGGAAGGGCAGAUCACCCACCAUGUGGCUUCCAUGUUGUGGAAGGGCAGAUCAUCUACCUUUUGGCUUCCAUAUGGUGGAAGGGCAGAUCACCCACCUUUUGGCUUCCAUGUGGUGAAAGGGCAGAUCACCCACUAUGUGGCUUCCAUAUGGUGGAAGGGCAGAUCACCUACCUUUUGGCCUCCAUAUGGUGGAAGGGCAGAUCACCCACCUUUUGGCUUCCAUGUGGUGAAAGGGCAGAUCACCCACAUUUUGGCUUCCAUGUGGUGGAAGGGCAGAUCACCUACCUUUUGGCUUCCAUGUGGUGGAAGGGCAGAUCACCCAACUUUUGGCUUCCAUGUGGUGGAAGGGCAGAUCACCCAACUUUUGGCUUCCAUAUGGUGGAAGGGCAGAUCACCUACCUUUUGGCCUCCAUAUGGUGGAAGGGCAGAUCACCCACCUUUUGGCUUCCAUGUGGUGAAAGGGCAGAUCACCCACCUUUUGGCUUCCAUGUGGUGGAAGGGCAGAUCACCCACCUUUUGGCUUCCAUGUGGUGGAAGGGCAGAUCACCCAUCUUUUGGCUUCCAUGUGGUGGAAGGGCAGAUCACCCAACUUUUGGCUUCCAUGUGGUGGAAGGGCAGAUCACCCAACUUUUGGCUUCCAUGUGGUGGAAGGGCAGAUCACCCAACUUUUGGCUUCCAUGUGGUGGAAGGGCAGAUCACCCAACUUUUGGCUUCCAUGUGGUGGAAGGGCAGAUCACCCACCAUGUGGCUUCCGUGUGGUGGAAGGGCAGAUCACCUUUUGGCUUCCAUGUGGUGAAAGAGCAGGUCACCCACAAUGUGACUCUAAUUUCUGCUGAUCAUGCACAGUUGAUUCCAACUUCCAAUUUUGUGCACCCUGUAAUUUUUGCGAAGCUGUUUUAUUUGUGCUUAUCAACCAAUGUGUCCCUGAACACCAGAUCUUCCCAGACACUCCAGAACAACCUGGAAUCCCCAAAAGGUCUCCAAGGUCAGACUCACUUGGGCCUUUUCAUCACAGAUUGUAUAAAAUUUCAGCUAGGUUAGUUUUACAGACACUCACUUUCAGGCUGUCAAGUACAUGCAUGUGCAGCAACUUGUCUUCUAGUCACUACCCAGUAAUAGUUGUCAACAUUUUAUUGUCUAUUGGGACAAAUCUGUUCUUUCUUGAUGUCGUGGGACCUAUAACCUUUAAUUUUUGUCAUAUAACACUUGCUUCAUGUACGUUCAGAGUUAUAUCCCCUGCUCAUGACAGGAUCAAGGUUGUGAUGUUGCCACGGUCAGCAGAGGUGCAACCAGCACAUUGUUUCAUGGUUACAUUUAUAUUGUAUUAUUCAGUAGCCAGUGUCAUCUCAUGAGUGAUAUAUAUAUGUGGCAUUGCCUUCUUGUUGAGUGGAGUUCCAUCUGUACAGGAAAACAAUUUGAAUCCAAAAUCUCCUUUCUGGUAUGUCAGAUAUAUUUAGAUAUUGAAUAAAAGGCUAUUGCAUGUCAGUGUUUUAUGCAUGCAAGCAAUAGUGUUUGAACUGGAUGCUGUGUUUUGCAAGUGAGCAGUGUCGAACAGUCACGGCCUUAUGAUGAGGAACGUCAGCACGAUGUGAAGAUGUCCUCCUUCUCUAUGUAAAUCAAUCAGUCAUCUCAGUGGGAUGUGUGCUUAACAAGUGAAAUGAAGAUAUAUUUUGGUUAUAGGCAGAAUGUGUGAAAGUUGUGUUUGUUUGGAGCUGGCCAAAUGGCUCUGCACACACUCUUGUACAGAUCUUCAGACAGAGCAGCAAUGUAGUGAGACUAGCAAGGAGGUUCAGGCUGAUACAAUGUUCACUUUCAUGCUUAAACAUCAAGUCUUCAGAAUAUCUAUGGGGACUUUGGGAAUGGCCUAUUUGGCAAUAGGAAGAAUGAGAGACUGGCUAUCGUGGAAAAGACUGUAGUGAAAUAGAACAGUUUGUGUGCCCUCUUCCAACGGCAAUGUGUGUUUCUAGGUAGUGGGGCUGUGUUCACUGUGAUAUAUGACCAUUGUCAGCUCAUCAAGGAAGUGAAGGAAGAACACGCGGUCACAAUAUUGGUUGCUUUCACAUAACCCCUGUAACUUUCAUUUGUAUUUAUAUGUUUUCAAACAAUAUUGUUGAUGGUGUUAUUUGUGGCAGAGAAAUAUAUAUGCUUUGGAUAACAAUGUUCAAUAGAUUCUAACAUUUUGAGCAUCCUUGUACUGUGGGUUUUCGGACAUUUCAGAAACAAUUGUUAUUAUCUUUCUAAUCAUAUGAAUGACUAUAAAACGCUCACGAACUUAUAAAAGGUGACUUUAUCCUGAAGAAUUUACAAUGUAUGUGACACACCACUAAUUAUAACUCCAGCUAGCACUGCCGUCCGAAAACCUAUGAUGACAACAUUAUUACUUGUGACAUUAGAACUCAACAUUCUAACUUACAUUGCCAUGGUAACAGAUGUUGACUACUUGAGACAUACUAGCUUACAUUGCCAUGGUAACAGAUGUUGAGCAAAGCAAGUGAUGCAGAUGCUAAUACAAGUCUAGAUCUGUUUAUUGUUGAUGGUGACACAUUCUUAAUUUGAAUUAAAAUGUGACCAUAUGAA